GAGAGAGGCACACACACGCUCAGAGAGAGAGAGAGAGAGAGAGAGAGAGAGAGAGAGGAGCGUCUCGUGCAGCUCACUCCACACACGGAGCAGACAACGCGCUAACAAGCAGAAACUUCACAGAGAACUCUUCUUCUUCUUCUUCUUCUCUCUCUCCGUGUGCGGCUCGUCUACCAUGUGAAGAAAUGGCCGGGACCAGCUCUGAUUGGGUGGAAAUCCUGGAGCCACGCUCCCGCGAGCGCAUGUAUGUGAACUUGACCAGCGGAGAGUGCGGCUGGGAGGCCCCUCAAGGCGUCCCUGUCCGUCAGGCCGACGGUAACCAGUGGUGGGAGCUGUUUGACCCUCAAAGUGGCCGCUUCUACUACUACAAUUCAACUGGCCGCCGCACAGUCUGGCAUCGACCCCAGGGAGCUGAUAUCGUGCCCCUCUCCCAGCUCCAGGCCAUGAAGCGCUGCAGCGAGGCCAAGCGGACGGGAGGGAGCAUGGAUAGGCACCACCACGGAACCACAGGGAGUAUCAGCAGUGUGAGUAGCCAUGGGCGGUGCACCCCUCUGCCCGAGCAGGACGGAGACAACCCUAUCCCCGGAGCCUUGGAGACCAGCGUGGAGACAACCAACCCUGAGAUGGACCCAGCAGUGGACAGCAGAUCCCAGGGAGACGGAAGCAGCAGUGAGCUCAGCACAGAUGGCAGCAAAGACCCACAGAGGGAUGCCUCUCAAAGAUGGCAGCCUGCUCCUGGUUCGAAGGCAUCCAUGUUGGUGAAGGUAAACAGCAUGAGCCGUAACCAGCCCAGCCCAGCCCUGCAGCAGCAGAACCUCCAGCACGGUGUGACCAGCAAAUCCAACACCUUCACCCUGCAUCCCUCCACCAACAAGCCCCAAGGAGGACACAUCAGCUCCACCCAGGGAUAUAAAACUGCUCCCUCUGGCAAAAUGUCAGCUGACACACGUCAGGCCCAUCACCUGAGAAAAGCCAGCAAUGGCAGCUUCUGUUUGGUGACAUCAGAAAGUAGUCACCCCAGUCCGCUCCUUAACAGGUCACAAACCAGUACACCACGCCCCAUCUCUCCCCAGUAUGGUUGCACCCCUCCAAUCUAUGAUGAGCCAGUUUCAGAGUGUCCCAUAUAUGAUGAACCCCCAAUGGACAUGGAGGUAGAGGGGGCGCACCUGUACAAUGGACAAUCUCUGUCUCGCCUAACACCAACACAUAGCCUUCAGAAGCCCAGAACCCCCCAGCCCCCUCAUCCAGGAUCCAGGCACAGAAGGAAUCCUUCCUCCUCUGACUACAGCCCAGCUGGUCUGGAGUGCAUCAAGCACAUGGUGAAUGUGGACCCCAAACAAGGGCUCCUAUCUGGCUCUCCUGUACCCACACGCUCCCCUUCCCCUUCAUCCAGGCCGGAUCCUGUCUUGACCCAGCCUCAGCCGCACCCCCAGCUGCAGGCCCACUCUUUGCCCCAACCUCGAGGGCAGUUAAAGGACAGAGCGCCAGGGACCCCGGGUCCAAGUACACUGGACAAGAAACAUAACUGGCGGGUCCUGGAGGCCACUGUGCAGCGUGCCAUGGAGGCACGACACAGCAGGCAGAGCAGCCAGGCCUCGCAGGACUUCCCCUCCUCGACCCCGCAGGCCACAGCAAACUAUCAAGACUCUGGUUACUCCACUGGGCCCUCCCCAAGUCUGAGGAGAAAGAGCAGGAGGAGGGUAUGCGCUGGUGGCGGCGUAGGAGGCAGGCCGGGGUCAGUCGGCAGCAGCGGGGAGCUCUGUGCCCUAAAUGAGAGGCUGAUGGCUGAGAUGAGGGAAGUGGUGAGUCGCUCUAACACCAUGAGGGAAGUGAGAGCGGGGAUGGAACCGGACAUGGGGGAGAGGGUUGUCGUACCUCGAACACGCUCCCCCGCAGACUCACUCAGGUGGUAUGUGGGAGGGUCAGCCGGCACGUGCGCAUCUCGCGAGGACCUCACUGGGGCCGCCCGGUCACUGAAUAGGCCAGGUAACCACGGCAACCCUGCCCUGACCCCUGUGGAGAUACCGGGGAGGCAAAAACGGACAUAUGAAAAGGUGGACACCCUGGAGAUGAGUGUGACCAGCCAAGCUAGUCUUUCCUCGCCAGAGACCCCAGGGCCACCUUCCCAGGUGAGUACCCUAGAGCUGCAGGCCCAGUUGGAGAGCCGAAAGAAAGGCAUGGUGGAUGGCCGGACUGCUUCCCUGGGCCCCCACCGCCCUACCAACCAUGACAACAGAGAAGGAGGUGAUGGGGCGGGAGGGAGAGCGCUCUCCUACGCCACCCUGCGGCAGCCCCCGCCUCCUGACACCGGCAUGGAGGACUGGGCCAGCAAGCACCUCAACAUGCACAAGCAAGGCCUGUUCCGUCGCCGCGUCUCCAUCGCCAACAUGCUUUCGUGGAACCGCGGCUCCAUCAAAAAGCCAAUGCUAGUCACCAGCAACCGAGCUGUCAGGAAGGAGGCCUGUGAGAUGUUCAAGUUGGUGCAGGCCUUUAUGGGAGACAGGCCGUCGCGCCUGGAUCGCCGCCAUUGCGCCCUGCUCAUCAUCACCAAGUGCUGGGACAUGCCGGGGCUGCGGGACGAACUCUACGUGCAGCUGGUGAGGCAGACCACGGGCAAUGGCAGCCCCAGGAGCCUGGCGGCGGGCUGGGAGCUGAUGGCUGUCAGCUUGGCUUUCUUUGCCCCCUCGCCCAAGUUCCGCUGCUACUUGGAGGGCUACAUCCAGAGACACACGGAGCCCACCAGCGACAAGAAAUGUGAGUCUCAGACUGAGCAAGAGGUGACUCAGUUCAUAAUGGAACAGGAGCUAAAGCUAAAGAAGAACUCCAAGUCCAGAAAGAAGAGAAAACAGAGCACAGACGAGGAAGAGGGCCUGCCUGUCAGCACAUACGCCAAGUUCUGCUAUCGGAAACUACAGAAAGUGGCCAUCACUGGUGGUAAAAAGGGUCUUCGUAAGCCCACACUGGAGGAAAUCGACCACAGCAGGCGCGCCAUCAUCACCCCCUCCCUGUUCGGCAGUUCUCUGGAGGAGGUGAUGGAGAGGCAGAGCGAGCUCUUCCCAGACAGGAAGCUGCCCUGGGUGCAGAUUCAGCUUUCCCAGUACGUCCUGGCUCUGGGCGGGGCUCAGACAGAGGGCAUCUUCAGAGUGCCUGGAGACAUUGAUGAAGUGAACGCACUGAAGCUCCAAGUGGACCAGUGGAGGAUCCCAGAGAAUCUCUCUGACCCCAAUGUACCUGCCUCUCUAAUGAAGCUGUGGUAUCGGGAGCUGGAGGAGCCGCUCAUCCCCAUGAACUUCUACACGCAGUGCGUCAGUAACUGUGACGACCCGGUGGCGGCCAUCGCCGUGGUGCAGGCUCUUCCUGAGCUCAACAGGCUGGUGCUGUGCUACUUCAUCCACUUCCUGCAGGUAUUCGCUCAGCCAUCCAAUGUGGCCAUCACCAAGAUGGACGUGAACAACCUGGCCAUGGUGAUGGCGCCCAACUGUCUCCGGUGCCAAUCCGACGACCCGCGGAUCAUUUUCGAGAAUACGCGCAAGGAGAUGUCCUUCCUGCGGAUGCUCAUCGUUCACCUGGAAACCAGUUUCAUCGAAGGGGUGGUGUAGCUGCUGUAAACCGCCCAGAGUGCUGGAUCCGAAUCUGCAGUUACACACAUUUACAAUCAUACAUUAAACACUGUCUCUGUUCAAAUCACACUGGAAACUCUGUGGGUGAGACAUUACAACUCUUGCGACAUAAAAGGUUUGAAAACAGCUUGGACUUCGGACCACUGUGCUCUCCUGCUAUGAUUCAGAGAGACGAUACACAUCAACACCUUAAGUUCCACUGGUUUUUCUUUGAUGCUAACAUCCACAGUGACGGCUUUAAAGUGGUUCACUGUAAUAUUUUCUAACCGCGGCAUGUGAAAAUAGAUUUAUUCUACUUUUGUUUCUCACAGAAUGGGUAGUGUUACCCUCACAACUGACAACUGGGCUAUGUAAAGAGUCUUAUAGUAUUUUCUUCAGAUGUGUUCACUCUGUGCGUGUGUGUGUGUGUGAUUGUCAGUGUGAACGAAGACACUGCCCUAUUUUAUCAUGUACAGAAAGUAGAAAGUAUGAAAAGUAAAAGAACUCUUGUAACGGUGUCUUAUUAAUAAGCUUGCCUGUGCUGUUUUUGAGUGUUGUCCUGAUGGCUUGUCUCCCCGUAUAUUUCAUUUUACGGGACGCAAGUAACUGCGUUACCACAACUGUUCUGACAGGAGCACAGAGCCCUGUUUCCAAGCACACACAGGAAGGAUGUGCAGGAAACUCUUUUUAAAGGAUGGUGGUGAUUUUCUAAACCAACAAAUUUGGACGUGCUUUGAUUUGUAUGACUCUGAACACUCAACUGAAGCCAUCCGGGAGUGUGGUAAUUCGACUUGAUGUCAGUGAUGUGGGAGGCUGGUUGUUGAUACUCUUUCUCUAUUAUCUCCUAAAAAGCCUAAGUUGGAAUUGUGUUCUCUUUAGUUUGUGGUCUGUUUGUUUUCUUUUUUUGGCUCAGGUCUCAUGAUAAAACGGGUGUUGGAUGUGAUAACUGUACUCGGCCUCCUUCACGGACUGAACAUACGAUUCAUCUGCCACAAACCCCUGUACUGACAAUGGAGUUUUGUUCAACUGUCAAGCACUAUGAGAAUGUAGAUUACGCUCUUUGUGUCUCCUCUCAGACUUUGCCCAUGUAAAUAAAUACAGUGUGUAAAUAGUAUCAACACCCCUGAAGUGUAUUAAUCUAAUGAACCAGGUUAUGGGUGAAGUUAAUGUCGCCGUAAACAGCAAUAAACUAAAACUCUUUUUGUAAUUAACUGUUAAUUUCUCUGCUGUAACCGCCUGCCUUUUGGACAUAGGAAUGAUUCAGACCACUUUCCAUGUAUGUUUAUGUGUGUUUGCAUACCUUCUUGUUAAAAUGUGGAAUGACUGUCCAUGAAUAAAAGUUUGUUCAAUUGUA